ACAGCAGCCCCUUUUCCCCAGUCAGUGGCCAAUUUACGGCCAGCCUCUGUUGCUCUGGAUCAUGUCUUUAUGUGUCUGCAUCUUUUCACUGCCUCUCUCUGGUUUUCCAGUAGAUUCUCGACCACUUGUGUUUGGACUUGGUUCACUCACCACACCACACAUCAGUUCAGAGGCUCUGACAGGUUAGAGCUAAAGAGACAGAAGAAACAACUAAAGAUGGCUGAAUUCAGAUGGAUUAAAAUGUCUUUAUUUCUGACAGUGCUGCUUCCGUUUACAGCAGAAGCAGCAAGAUUUAAUCCCCUCCUCUACACUGUCAGGGCUGGAGAUGAUGUCACGUUGCCUUGUGGAAAUGUGAUAGAUGGUCAGAAAAGCUGUGGCAUCGCCACAUGGUUCUUCAGUGAUUUAAAUAGCAUGCAAACAGUAGAGCUUGUUACUGAUGGGGUGUUUAGUGAAACUGCCAGAAAUAAAUCAGACAGACUGAGUGUUACAGAGGAAUGUUCUCUGGUUAUAAGGAAGGUCACAUAUGACGAUGUUGGACGCUAUGUCUGCAUACAGGUCCGAUCAGAGCGGCCACAGGGUCUCCCUGCUAAUAUCGAUCUGUCUGUUGUUUUUAUGGAAGGCUAUAAAAUUGAUGAUGAGGCAAUGCUGGACUGCGUUGUGCUGACAUUUGGCCAGUGUAUACACACAGUGAAGUGGCUGUUUCGGAGUCAAGAAGUGGUUACACACAACCACAUUAUGAUGACGAGACGGUCUCGCUGUUUCGUCACCGUGGCCAUUGAUCUGUCUUCUCCCUUCAUUUACACAUUAAGAUAUGAGUUAUUUACAUGUGAAGUGACUCAUGGUGACUACGUGCAGGUGUUUUCAUUCAGAUCUCAGUCCUCAGUAACAGCAACAACAGAAUCAACAACCGAAAAAGCCGAUUACACCGCGACAUUGUCCACAAUCGAUGAUGCUUCACCAGGACUACAAGCUUGUGCAGGUCGGUCUGCUCUGGACUACAUCAUGUUGGUGAUGCGUGUGGCUGAAAUCCUGCUAAUAACUGUGAUUACUGUCCUUCUCUUCAGAGCUCCAUGGAGCCAGAGACCACCUGAUGACAACACUGUGGUUCGUGAUGGCACAGUUAACUAUGAAAACGCUGGAGCCCCUUCUGUUUCUGUCAGACUCCGCUGAUCACACCCACAGUUAGACAUUUCUUCACAGCAUUAUUUUACAUCAAAACAUGGUUCCUUAUGUCAUUUUGAUGUCUUAAAUGAGUUCUUGUUUAAUAUAUUGAUUUUUUUAAAAACGUUGAUACUGUGUUAAACCAGUUCUCACUUGCAGCCAGAUAUGAACACCUUGAUUUCUUUUUUUUUUCUUUUCUAAUUUUAAUAAGCUUUUAACAGUGUUUUCUUUCUUGUCUUUUGGGCUCUGAAAAUGUCCAGAAAACUACUUUCUUAGAAAGACAUCCUUUUUAAUUUAUGCAGAGUUUUCUGAUUGCCCUUUAAUUUGUAAGCAGCUUAUCAUGACCUCAUUGCUAUGUGAAGAUAAAAACUCAUUUUUAUUCACUUUGAUAUGGAACUGUUGGUUUAGAGUCCAAUAUGUUUCUGCUAAUCUUGUAGAGUUUGAAUGAGCUUUGGUUCUUAAUGGAGCCAGUUUUCUUCAUUAUAGCUGAUAAUGUGAUCUGCUUAAAAAAAAAAAAGAUUAAACUCUCAUUUAUGUAAUUGUUUCAUGUAUUGUGCCUUUUAA